AUGAGCAUAAGACCGGCCUCAAGAGGGCUUGCAGAAGCCCUAGGGUCCUCUUCCGCCCGAAGAGUGAGGCCUGUGCCCCAGCGCUCCAGUUUGCCGGUCGCUGGCCCGUCCAUUCCCCGACGACACGCCUCGAAAGACGCAAAGCCGAACAAUGUGGUUACAAAGGAACGAUUCAACUUCAAUACUUCCUUAAACUUUACAGAUGAGCUGGAUCCUGAUCAUGUCAACUAUCGCAGAGUCUCAGCGUCGGAGAUUGCGAACCGGCGAGAACCACCGACGAGGGUCAAGAUGCUCGUCCGGGACUUUAUCGAUGACAGUCUGUACAAUGAACACUAUGGCUAUUUCUCACGGAACGCUACAAUCUUCACGCCGCCUUCGGAGGGGUACGACUUUGGCUCCUUCCGUGACGCCGCGCAUUUCCAGGAGACAGUGGCGGAGCGGUAUGAAGCAGAGUACGGAAACAUGGAGCUGGAGUCUGCGGAAGAGGGGGCAGAGGGAAAGGCGAAAGUACAAGCAAAAGGCGGAUUGGGGCGGCAGGUCUGGCAUACCCCCACCGAGCUGUUCAAGCCAUACUACGCCCGAACACUAAUCAAGCCCAUCCUUCAAACCUACAAGCUCAAUCACUUCCCAUACCAAGAUUUGAUCAUCUACGAGGUCGGCGCCGGGAACGGAUCUUUCAUGAUCGACUCGCUCAAGUAUAUUCGGGAUGAACAUCCGGACGUCUUUGCGCGGACAAAGUAUAGGAUCAUUGAGAUCAGUCCGGCGUUGGCCAAGAUACAAAGGGCACGGGCGGAGGCGGAGGGCUUUGGGGAACGGGUGGAGGUGAUUAAUGAGGAUGUUAUGCGGUGGAGAGGGGGAGGGGUGGAGCCUUGUUUUGUCGUUGCUCUGGAGGUCUUUGACAACUUCGCACACGACAUGAUACGAUACGAUAUCCGCACCCUUGAGCCUUUACAAGGCAUUGUCUCCAUCGACCGCUCCGGCGACUUUUCCCUCCUCUACGAACCCCUCACCGACCCCCUCCUGCGCCGUGUACUGGCAUACCGCCGUCUUCUCCCCCCAUCCCCACUCACAGCCCCUACUCUGCCCUCGCCGCUCCUCCGCUCUCCACUCCUCCGGUCCCUAUACACCUCGAUGCCAUUCGCCCCGAACCUCUCAGCCCCAGAUUGGAUACCUACCAAAGCAACACAUUUCCUCGAGCGCCUCCGGGAUAGACUACCGAACCACCGGCUCAUGGUGGCUGAUUUUGACUCGUUGCCAGAGGCAGUGGAAGGACGGAGUGGACCGGUCGUUCAGACGCGGUAUGGAGGGAGUAUGGUACCCUGUGAGACAUUCCUCGUUAAGCAGGGAUACUUUGAUAUCUUCUUUCCUACCGACUUUGAGCUUCUCAGAGAUACCUACUCUCUGAUAAUGAACUCCCCCUCUAUACCCUCCCCGAACUCGCCGUCAGCCUCCACAUCACCACUCCCGACCCGCAAAAUCUCUCCAUCUCGCCAGUCAGCGCCAGCAACGACCCGAGACGCUCAACCCCACCCACUGACCGCCGCUCUAUCCUCAACACCACCUCAGCUCUCAUCCGACUUCUUCUCCCCUCAUCCCGGGACUGGCGUGCGCGGCUUCCGGCGGAGGCAGGUAUCGAUACAUACCCAUGCGGAGUUUAUGAUGAAGUAUGGGCCGGAGGAGGUGGGAAUGACGAGAACGGGCGAUGGAGAGGGGGUGAUGCUGGGUAUGUACAAGAAUGCCAAGAUGAUGUUUUAG